AUAAAUGUAAUAAAACAUAUAUAUAUUAAACUCCGAGUGUAAAACAACAGCAGUAACGGUAUAGCCUACAUACCCGAAACUGCCGUAAAGUGUUUCGAUUUAUUUCAGACAGGAAGUGACGUCAGUUUCGCGCAUGCGCGGAACAAAUCGUGUUUCCGGGACGGAUCGGGUAGCCACACGCACCACCGUUAACCUUUUAAACGUUUUGCAGGUCUGUUACUGCGGGAACAUUUCCACGCCUCUAAACAUGACGCGGCACAAAACUGAACAUGAUUGGUUGCUUUACCUGUCAGUCGCGAUAAGUUCCAGGUCUUGCUACGAGACUACUCGAACACAGAAGCGGGAAACAUUUGAAUCUGAAAAGAGAAUGGCAGAAGCCAGUAUUUCAUGGGUUCAGGAUCAGUUCAGCUGUUCAAUCUGUCUGGAUCUACUGAAGGAACCAGUGACUAUUAACUGUGGACACAGUUUUUGUAUGAGCUGUAUUACAGACUGCUGGAAUCAGGAGGAUCAGAAGAGAGUUUAUAGCUGCCCUCAGUGCAGACAGACCUUCACUCCAAGACCUGCUUUAGGAAAGAAUGUGAUUCUUGCUGAGAUGGUGGAGAAACUGAAGAAAACUAAACUUCAGACUGAUCGAGCUGCUCCCAGUUAUGCUGGACCUGAAGAUGUGGAGUGUGACGUCUGUAUUGGGAGAAAACGCAAAGCUGGCAAGUCAUGUCUGGUGUGUCUGAACUCUUACUGCCAAACUCACUUUGAACGACAUGAAGAACUUCAUUCAGGAAAGAGACACAAAGUCACUGAAGCCACUGGAAGACUUCAGGAGAUGAUCUGCUCUCAACAUGACAGACUGCUCGAGGUUUUCUGUCGCACUGAUCAGAGAUGUGUUUGUUAUCUGUGUUUGAUGGAUGAACAUAAAAAUCAUGACACUGUAUCAGCUGCAGCAGAGAGAACAGAGAAACAGAAACCACUAGAGGACAACCAGAGAAAACACCAGCAGAGAAUCCAGGAGAAAGAGAAGAAGCUUCAGGAUCUCAGAGAGGCUGUGAAGACACACAAGCGCUCUGCACAGACAGCAGUGGAGGACACUGAGAGGAUCUUUACUGAACUGAUCCGCUCCAUUGAGAGAAGACGCUCUGAGGUGAUACAGCUGAUCAGAGAUCAGGAAAAGACUGCAGUGAGUCGAGCUGAAGGACUCUUGAAGGAACUGGAGCAGGAGAUUGAUGAUCUGAGGAGGAGACAUGAUGAGAUGGAGCAGCUCUCACACACAGAACAUCACAUCAGUUUCCUUCAGAGUUUCCAGUCUCUCUCAUCAUCCUCUGGAUGUACAGACAACAUCACUGUCAGUUCUCUUCUCUUGUUUGAUGAAGUGGGGAAAUCUGUCUCCAUACUAAAAGAAAAGGUGGAGGAUUUCUGUAAAGAAGAGACUGAAAAUAUAUCUGGCAAAGUUUCGUACAUUAUCAUUAUUCCCACCAAUGAUCCAAGUACCAGGAUGGAGUUCAUACAAUAUUCCUGUAUGUUCUCUCUGGAUCCAAACACAGCACACAAGAAUCUCUGUCUGUCUGAAGGAAACAGAGCGGCUACUGGCACUGACACAGAGCAGCCGUAUCCUGAUCAUCCAGACAGAUUUGAUUACUGGGAGCAGGUGUUGUGUAGAGAGAGUGUGUGUGGACGCUGUUACUGGGAGGUCGAGUGGAGUGGAGAUAACACUGAAAUUGUAGUGUCAUAUAAGAGCAUCAGCAGAAAGGGAGAAUCAAGUAAAUGUUUAUUUGGAUGUAAUGAUCAGUCCUGGAGUUUGGUCUGCUCUUCCUCUAAAUGUUCAUUAUGGCACAAUAACAUAGAGACUAAACUCCCAGUAGUGUCCAGCUCAUCUAUAUUAGGAGUGUAUGUGGAUCACAGUGCAGGAAUUCUGUCCUUCUACAGCGUCUCUGACACAAUGACCCUCAUCCACAGAGUCCACACCACAUUCACUCAACCUCUCUAUCCUGGGUUUUUGUUACGUAAGAUCUCAAAAGUGAAGCUCAUCUAACAAAAUAAAGGUUUGCAUUUUGAUUUAAAUACACAAGUGUGAUCUAAAAUAUUAAUAUAGUUUGACAAAUCGAAAGCUACAUUAAAAUACAUAUAUGUUAAACAUAGAUUGUACCUUUCAAGAAGAAAAAGUUUCAUGUGUACAGUCUGUCAUCAACAUUGUUGAAUGUUACAAUAUGUUAAGAAAGACAGUUAAGGACAAAUAAAGUACAAUUAAACCUACAGAUAUUUUCUUUACUAUUCUGAGUGUUCACUUAAGACUAUAUUUCACUUUUUCUUGACCACUUUCUAUAGCACAGAUGUACUGGACCAGAUGUCUUUCUCAAAACAUGUCAACAAAGUGUGCUUUAUAUUUAACUGGGUUAUCUUGAGGCUUGGUUACAAGCAAUAACAUUCAUUUCAUUUAUCAGUUUAAUUUAAAAUUGGUCAGAAUGAAACCAACUUCUUAAAAGUCAAUAUGCAGAUCAAUAUACUAAUUUACCCUUCGUUUACAAAAGCUAUUUAAAAAGACAUUUUUGCAUACGCAUGGGUUUUGAUCGUCUCAUACACCAAAAGUGUAUGGGCAUUAAGCAUCCAAGCAGGUGCUUUCAGCAGGUAGGAUCACCUGUGAUGAGCAGUUUUUAGAGGGAAAGUGAUGCUUUGGUUUCAUAGCUCUUGUGCAGCAUCCUCGAGUGAGUAAAACUCUGACCUCAGUGGAGGAUUUGACACUUACAUUCAUUUUGUUUGUUUGUUUUUUUACUCUGUGGUCGGUGUCCUUUCCCUGCUGAAGGCACGUCUUCAAGACACAAAGCAACUUUCUCUUGUGAGUUAUGUGGAUGUGUUUUGCGUCUAGAGUGGAUUUGAAGUCAGUGCGCCUCAGAUAUUUACUGUUUGUGUACUUGAUCUACACGAUAUGCUGUGGCAAUGAGAGUUACGAUACUGUGAGAAAUGAACUUAUCUAUCUAUUUAUCUAUUAUGAAAAAUGUACUGUUCAUUUGUAUUCUUCAUGCAGUUACUUAUGUCCAUCAUAUGACAAAUCCUGUGUUUCUGAAGAUCUAUUUGUAAAUAAAACCAAAUUUCCCACAGUAAAAACUUAAGUUGAGAUGGAGUGUACUGCCAAUUCUGUUGAAUCUCAUUGUGAAUCUCAUACCGUGCAGGCAAUGCUGAGCUUGAUCUGAAUGUGAUUCUGGCCGGAAAUGAUAAUAAAAUAGCUGUGCCAUUUCUGCAAGCGUCAUCUGUUAGCUGGACUAUUACUCUAAUUCUUAAAUUAUCCUAAGAAAAUUUCUCAUAGUUAUAGAAUCUUUUAUUAUUCAAAAUAAGAUCUCAAUAUUAUACAUGUUCCUUUUCUUUUCUUUAUAUUGACUAUGUACAGGAAGUGCAAAAAGUCAACCUUCGUCCCUUAAGUUAUGGCUCUCUCUCUCUUUCAUUUGCAGCCGGAGGCCACGUGACCUCCAUCAUG